AAAGGAAUUGCAAAUGGUUGAAGCAGUCAGGGGCACUGUUGCUCUCUUCCAAUGUGAAGUUGCAGGCACUGCCCCAUUUGAAUUCAAUUGGUUUAGGAGUAAGAAAUCACUCGCUUCCGAUAGGAAAUACAAGAUUGUUUCUCAGGACUCGAUUGCUUCUUUGGAAAUCUGCUCAUUUGAAAGUGCAGAUGUUGGGGAAUAUCAAUGUGUUGUGUCAAAUGAUGUUGGUUCAAUCACUGCAAAGACAAUUGCCAAACAGAAAGAACCACCAUCAUUCGCAAAGAAGAUUGAGAACACUACAGCAGUUUUGGGCAGUGCUGUUAAACUGCAGGGUACUAUAAAAGGCUCUGCCCCUAUUACUGUCAAGUGGAUGAAGGAUGCUGAAUGGCUUAGGGAUGAUGACCCUAAUAUCACCAUGGCAUUUCAGAAUAAUAUCGCCAUUUUGACAAUAGCAGCUGUUGACAUUUGCCAUGGUGGAAAGUAUACUUGCCAAGCAGAGAAUGAGGCUGGUCAACAAAAAUGUGAAACCUCUUUAGCAGUUCAAGAACCUGCUAGAAUCUUAGAGAAAGCCGCAUCCAUCAACGUGACUUCAGGGGAAUCAGCAACCUUGGAAUGCACAAUUGCAGGAAGCCCGGAUCUUAAAGUGAAAUGGCUCCAAGAUGGAAAGGAGAUUACAGGAGGUCGAAAAUAUAAAAUCACUCUUAAAGACAAUGUAGCCAUCUUAAAGAUUGUUGCGGCAGAGAAAGGAGGCACAUGUGAAUACACGAUGGAAGUGUCCAACCGCGUCGGAAAAGACCAGUGCUCUUGUUCAGUCACAGUGCUAGAUCGUGUUCUUCCACCAUCUUUCACAAAAAAUCUUAAGAAAGUUGAUGGAAAUAUUGGUAACAACAUUACUAUGGAGAGCAAAGUAUCUGGAUCUCAGCCCAUGUCCAUCUCUUGGUACAAAGACGAUAAAGAAAUAACGUCUGGACAGAAAUAUCAACUUGAAAUGAAAGAAACCACGGCUACAUUGGGAAUAACCCAAAUAGAAAAGUGUGAUGAGGGAGUAUAUACAUGUCGGGCAACAAAUUCUGCUGGAUUUAAAGAGAGCAGUGGAACCUUAUGUGUUAAAGAACCUCCAAUCUUCACAUUAAAACCUGACAACCAAGAUGUCGUACCAGGAUCUACUGUUGUCUUGAAGUCUGCUUUCACUGGAUCAGCUCCUUUUACGAUUAAGUGGUUCAGAGAGGACAAGGAGAUAACCACUAGAGGCGCAAGUUUUAUCAAGAAAGACGCUUCUUCAAGUUUCUUGGAACUUCACUCAGUGAAACCCAGUGACUCGGCUAACUACACUUGCCAAGUGGCCAAUGAUGCCGGGAAGGUGGCACACUCUGCAGUCUUGUUUGUGAAAGGUGCCUUUUCUUUGAUCAAUUAUGUAUAUUUUUUUGUACAGCUUUUCUUGAUGUUACUGUCUUUUGAAGUAAUUGUUAUCAUCAAUUAUUUCCAGAACCUCCUCAGUUUUCAAUGAGGCUUGAGCCAUUAAAACUGGUGAAAAAUGGACAACCACUUACAUUGACGUGCAAAGUCACUGGCAGUCCUGUGAUCAAUGUUA